UAAGUAGACCUAAUUACUUUUUCUUAAUCAGAUUAUUCACAUUUACGUAUGUUGCAUACAUCUUUAAUGUAGGUGACUAAGUCUGUGGUUUAGUUUUAACGUCUCUUCAUCGACCAAAAGGUUGAAAUUUAAUGUGGUUGAAGUAUUCAUUUUGCAGAGAUGUCAGGUCUGUUUUUGAGAAAAAGAUGGCUGCCAACUCAACUUCUACUGCUCUGGAUGCUGACCAAUAUCUCUGAGUCGAAACUGUUUUUCUCUGCUCCAAAUGUUGUUACACUUGUGAAGAAUUCAAACGCAAAUAUCACCAUAACUUCAAGUUCCCCUGUCAACCAGUCGGCUGUGAUUGAGUUUGAUGUAGCAUACAGCUCCAAACCGAACUACACGUCCAUAAUUACACUUCCUGAGCAGGUGUUGCUACCAGCAGAGGCAGCCUCAGUCACCUUCAAUGUGACUUCCCAUGAUGUUGGUCAGGUGACUGCACACCUACAGAGCAAUGACACAGACUUCAACAGUUCAUCCAUCAGGAUCCGUUUUAUGGUUGUCCGUAGCAACAUCCUCUCUGGAAUCAGUCAGGUCAUCGGCUGGAUUUACUUUAUCGCCUGGUCAGUGUCUUUCUAUCCACAGGCCUGGGAAAACUGGAGGAGGAAAAGUGUUGUGGGACUCAACUUUGAUUUCCUGGCUCUCAACCUAACUGGCUUUACAGCUUACAGUGUCUUCAACAUAGGGCUGUUCUGGAUUCCUUAUACAAAGGAAGAGUUUCUGAAAGAGAAUCCAAAUGGAAUUAACCCUGUUGAUGCCAACGACGUCUUCUUCAGUCUCCAUGCUGUGCUGCUCUGUUUGAUCUACGCUAUCCAGGCUGCUGUAUAUGAGAGGGGCAAUCAAAAGUUGUCUUGGACAGCCUUGGUUUUGUUGCUAAUAGCCUGGAUUUUUGCCUUGGUUAGCUUGUUUCUUGCUGUAGCCAAAGAGAUCACCUGGCUGGAAUACCUCUACUACUUCUCCUACAUUAAACUAGGAGUCACUCUGACCAAAUAUGUACCGCAGGCAGUCAUGAACUACAGAAGACAAAGCACUGAGGGUUGGAGUAUUGGCAAUGUACUGCUGGACUUCACAGGUGGAGUCUUCAGUAUUCUUCAGAUGAUCUUACAGUCUUAUAACAAUGAUGAGUGGAGGCUGAUAUUUGGCGAUCCUACAAAGUUUGGCCUUGGUCUGUUCUCUGUGGUGUUUGACAUCCUCUUUAUGACUCAGCACUACUGCCUCUACAGACAGCCACCACAGUAUGAAGCUAUAAGAGACCAAGAAACCUGAAGCUGAACUCAUGCUGUUUUGAUGGACUGCCUAAGCAAGAUCACAAGGGAGCACAUAUUUGAUUUAUAUAAGCACAUCUGAUCCACCAACAAUUGAUUGAAGCAGUUGGCCAUCAUGAUACGCUGCCUUUUUUCUCCAGCACAGUUAUAAAAAAGUGUGCCUUCUUUCUUAGAUGUCUCAAAAUCUGCACUUUAUGAUGAUGCCAGUUCAAACACUUUUUAUUAAAUGGAAUAUCAUAGCUACAAUCUAAGCAUUUUUUCAACAAUACAAUUUCAGGGACUUAUUAGUAGAUUGGCAAACAAAAAAUAUUAACUUAUAUUGGCUCUGUACAAAUUGGUGUUUGUGUGUUGUGUAACAAAACAUUUAAGUCCAAACUCUAUGUUCUUUAUAUUUUGCUGUCUCUGCCUGAGUCUUCUCUUGUUAAAAAAGUGGCAACCUCCUACAGCAAAUGAACAGAUAAAACUGAGAUACAAGGUAUUUUUUCACAACUUUAACACCUCCUUACUGUAUUUUGAUAUUUACAAAAACUGUGAAUCGAGAAAUGAAAGCUUCUCUAGAAGGGACAGCUUUUCACAUCUCUGGAAAUUAUGAUCAAAAUAUCACUAGGUUUGGACUGGAUGUUCACAGAUGGUUAUGUAUGUAAAUAAAGCACUGUUUCCACCAA